CCUCUACAUCUCCUCUUCAUCUACCAUCCAACUCUCAAUCCAAACCUUCUUCUCUCUCUGCUAACUCUCCAGCUGUACACUCUCGCACUGAUAUACGCGACCGACUCAUAUUCUGCUUUAAUUGCCUCCUAGCUCUCGUCGACACCGAGUACCGAACCGUCAAGAUGGUCCUGCACAACCCCAACAACUGGCACUGGGUCAACAAGGACGUGUCAGAAUGGGCGCGCGAGUGGUUCAAGGACAACUGUCUCAAGCUCGAAGCUACCAAUGGCGACGUCACAGCCCGUAUCUCGGGUCUCCAGUCCAUGGACGGCGACGUUGACGUUAGUCAGCGCAAGGGCAAGGUCAUAACCAUCUUCGACGUGAAGCUCGUCCUCGAAUACUCUGGGUCUGCUCCUGAUGCCGCUGACGUAUCCGGCUCCAUCACCGUCCCCGAAAUUGCCCACGACACAGAAGAGGACGAGUACGUGUUCGACGUGGAUCUCUUCGCCGAGUCCAAGGAGAAGCAACCCGUGAAAGCCCUCGUAAAGUCGGAGCUUGUGCCCAAGCUGCGCCAGAUCUUCCAGAACCUCGCCCCAGCGGUCAUCAGCCACCACGGAAAGGAUAUCCAGCAUGCACAGGGGUCGAAUCCCUCGAGCGGCUUCUCCACGCCUAAGAUGUACGAGAAGUCCGGCAGUGCUAAGCCCGCCGCCACAUCCACGACCCAGAGCUCGAGCUCGUCCAAAGUCAACACAACUACGGUGACCGAUUCCGUCGAGUUCCGCACAACAGCGCAAGAAGCGUACCAGGUCUUUGUUGAUCCUCAACGCAUCGCUGCGUUCACCCGUGCGCCUCCCAAGGUCUUUGAGGGUGCGAAGGAGGGCGGCAAGUUCGAGCUUUUUGGCGGAAACGUGUCGGGCGAGUACUUGGAGCUCGAUGAGCCUAAGAAGGUGGUUCAAAGCUGGCGGUUGGCGCAGUGGCCAGCUAACCACUACUCGACCCUCAAGAUCGAGUUCGAUCAGAACGACGUCGAUCACGUGACUAUUAUGCGUGUGACAUGGGAUGGUGUGCCCGUCGGACAGGAGGAGGUUACCAAGAGGAAUUGGACGGAGUACUAUGUCAAGAGCAUCAAGCAGACAUUUGGCUUCGGCACCAUCCUAUAAGCACAUUCCGCGCACACGCUCGAAGAGGACAUUGGAACUGGGGCUACUAUCCAAUGUUAUGGCGGGGACGAUGUUCAGGGAUACAAAACCUAGUCGCGUGGGUUCGCCACGCCAAACGAUGUAAUUGAGAACAUGAUGAUGAUGAAGAGACACGAGAUCGCAUGCAUCUAAAUUUGAUUCAGAGACUGCUUCUUCCGUGGCUAAGGCGGGUACCUCCCA